UGAUGUGCGGCACCAUAGCAAUAGUGUGAUCGACAGAGUAAGACAAAAAUACACUGUAAAUAUCGACGAUUGCUUGGUUCUAGCGAUGUCGUCGGAAAAUCCAGCCACGUUGGUAGCCCGUAGCCAGUACAGGGACACAUGUACGAGUGUUUUAAUGGGAAUCGAGUCCCUGUAUCGACACAGGAGCCUUUUGAGCGAUGAGCUGGACGCGGAGCUCCAACAAGACGCAACGAUGCUAGAGACUUUGAGACCAGAAGUGGACGAAAAUUUAGAGUAUUGGGUGGAUGGUCCCCUUGUACGAUUUUUAACAGCCAAAGUUGCCAAAAUGUUAGCUGUUGUACGGGAAAUUCGACGAGCUUGUAGUCAACGUAAUGUCACUUUAAAUGGAAUUGAGCAUCAUGGAUGGCACUGUGAGGAACAUGUUAAACAGCUGAAAGACAUCAGAGAGGAACUAGAGCCCUAUUAUAAGGAUGCUUUAGUGAGGAUUGCUAACUAUGAGGACCGAAUGAGACAGCACCAAGCUGACGCACUGGCGAGAAGUAAGUGGGCCAGCACAGCAACAGCCACACAGCCUGAUCCACGAAAAACAUCCGGCUCCGACAAAAGUGUCAAAUUUAGUGGAGAACUAGAAAAGAGACACCCGCCACUACCACAGCUACGACAGUUGCAACAGAAUCGAUCGGUGGAAUCAACAGAAGAGUAUGACAGGACGCGGAUGACAGGACAACCUCAUUCCAAUAGCUGGCCAGAAGAUGAGCCCUGGCCACCAAGGGCUGAGUUCAAUACAAGACCACCAUUUGUUGAUGGUCGUUUAAAAAGACUAGAUGCCUAUAAAGAUCUACCACAAUUUACAGGAAUUAAUAUUCCAAUACCUAAAUUACCAGAUGCAGAACUUGGAUUGAUUGCAGAGCACACACAGCACUGGGAUCAUCACAACACUGUUAUGUACUAGACACAAGAAACUAUUUAAAGAUUCCCAAAACUGGGAAAUAUUGAUAUUAAUAGUUGGACAGUUAUGUAACAUCUACAAGACACAAAUUUCUGUAGAUAUUAGUUUUUGUGAUACUGAGAUAGAUUGGUAUGGCCUUAUGUAAAUGUACAAAUGUAGUUUACUAUGAAGCACCCCUCCCCUUUCCUGCUGGUCCACCCCUGCUAAAAAUGAACUAUGCCAAUGAUAAUGCCUAACAUGUCAGCAGGAGUUAUUGUGCACUUGACAACAGAUUUACUCAGAUACAAAUGUAAUGUAACAGAAUAGCAACUUCCACAAACCAUGUCAAGCUAAGCAGUCCCGUUAUUUAGUGAAGUGGCAGAGGUGAAAAUCAAAAAUGUUUGUGAAGCUGAAAAGCAUCAGAGGCAUAGUUUAUUUGUAGCAGGGGUGGAGGCUGGUUCACUAUAUUUUAGAAGAAAAGGUAAUUCUUAGUUAGUGUAUUGAGUUCUUACAAGUAACUAUAACCAUGGAAUAUUCAGCAUUCAGCCAACCAGACAAUCUGUUAUAAUGAAACUGGCGUGGCCAAUCAUGGUGAUUUUGGGGAUGCCUCAACUAAUCAGAUUGUGUAUUGUAUACAUCAUAAGCACUGUGUGAAAUCAAUACCUUAAAACCAAAAUUUAUCAUUUUCUUUAACAAUUGCUUCUAAAAUAUAUUGAAUUUUAUUUUUUAACUAUUUUGCUACACUACUAAAUUAAAAUUAUCUAUUUGACAAUUAUAGAGCCGUCCUUGUGGUGCAAACUGCAAUCUAAUAAAAAUAAACUUCAUUUCAUAUGUUUUUGACA